CACAAGUCGGUCUCCAAGGUUUCCAUGGACAGCGUUUAUUAAAUAUUAAAGCAUGUGGUGUCGAAUUGACACCCUCGAGCCACAAGCCCUUCUUUAUCUGAAGAUCAGGCAAGACCUUUAAUGUCAGGGCAUGCACUUUACCUGGUGCACGCUCUAGUUUCAGGCAACCUAAAUUUGUAUAAUGUGGAUUUUUUGCCGGCAGAAUGGAGCGACGCACAUCCCGCACUGAGGAGGAGCGAGCGGAGAGGAGAGUGCGGUUCCGCGUGGCGUCGGCGCACAGCGGCCGCGUGCUGAAGGAGGUGUUCAGAGACGCGCUCGAAGACUCCGCGGACACCGACACCACUGCGAGCUCAGAGCCGGAGCGAGCAAACUCGCCCGUUAUCACGGAGGCCAACGGCCACCUGAGCGGCCUGCUGCUGGGACCAGAACCGGACGACAGCGGCAGCGAACCGGACGAGCUGCUCAUGUACGCCAGUGCAACAAAGGAGAAGCUCUUCACCGGAAAACGCGUGAACAUCUUCAGCAAGAACGGAACGAUUCGGGGCGUGAGGGAUAAAGUGAGCGCGGGACAGGUGCUGUUUAACAACCUGUCCAAAAUGUAUGGGGAUUCGCUUAUUAUGAACCAGCCUAAAAGACCAUGAGAUUUUGUCUGUAAACAGCCCUGGAUGUCCUGCAGCAGAGGAUGCUGGGUCACAAUUUAGGACGUCAAACUUGGUGGAUGUGGAACAGGCUUGAGCGUGUGAAAGUGAUGAACGGUGGCCAAUGUUUUAUUCAUUUAUUUUUUAAAGUGCUUUUCAAUAUUUGUGUAUAUUGUAGUGCUGUAAAUAUAUUUUAUAUUCACAAAAGCAACUGAAGGGAUCUGUAAAGUCAACUGGUUGCUUAGAAUGUUCUCUUUGCAUAUGUUUGAGGUGCCUUUUCUUUAUUUGGACCUUUCAUUGUUUGUGAUUAAUUUGUGAUUUAUUUGUAUUUUUUUGAAAAUAACAUGUAGGAAUCAAGUUUUAUACAUAUCUCUUACAUUUUAAUGCAAUAAAAUAAAAUAAA